AACAGUGGGUGGAGGCUCUGGGGCCCAGCGAGAGGGGUCCGGCCGCUGUGGGGCCAAUGGUGGAGCAGGGAGAACGCCACCCGAGGGAAGUUGUGGUAUUCUGGAUAACACGGGAGCCUUGGAUCCAUCAGGUGUUGCAUCUGUAACUACAACAGUGACGGCAGCUGCCGUAGUACCUGUCAUUUCUGUUGGCUCCACCAUCUACCAGUCACACGCACUGCCGGGCUCAGCCAUGGGACACACGCAAGGCCUGCAUCCCUACACCACCAUCCAAACCCAUCUGCCUACCGUCUGCACCCCCCAGUACCUGGGCCACCCCCUUCAGCACAUUCCCCGUCCUGUCUUCCCUGUGUCUGGGACGGCCUACCCACAAGGAAUGCACCCUGCUUUUAUUGGUGCUCAGUACCCAUUCUCUGUGGCCACUGGCCCUCAUCCUCCUAUGGCAGCGACCGCUGUCACUUUCCCUGGAGUUCCUGUGCCGUCCAUGACUCAGAUCGCUGUCCACCCGUACCAUACCGCAGAGGCAGCCCUACCUCUUAGCACUACUGUGGCAG